GGGCGGGGCCAAACGGGACAAAGUCCGGAAGCGAAUAAAGACAUAAUAAGAGCUGUGGGGGAGAUCAACAACCGUCUUGUUGCCGUCCAGUCCGACCGUCGAAAUGGCUGACAGCAGAGAUAAAGCCAGCGAUCAAAUGAAGACAUGGAAGGAGAAGAAAGGCUCUCAGAGGUCAGAGCAGCUGACAACAGGAGCUGGCCAUCCCAUCGGAGACAAGCUAAACCUGCAGACGGUCGGACCGAGGGGUCCCCUGUUGGUCCAGGAUGUGGUCUUCACCGACGAGAUGGCCCACUUUGACCGGGAACGCAUCCCGGAACGAGUGGUGCACGCCAAAGGGGCAGGAGCGUUUGGCUACUUUGAGGUGACGCACGACAUCACUCACUACUGCAAGGCCAAAGUCUUCGAGCACGUCGGCAAAGUGACGCCCAUCGCCGUCCGCUUCUCCACUGUAGCGGGAGAGUCUGGCUCAGCGGACACGGUGCGGGAUCCCCGUGGCUUUGCUGUCAAGUUUUACACGGAGGAGGGCAACUGGGACCUGACGGGAAACAACACACCCAUUUUUUUCAUCAGGGACGCCCUGCUGUUCCCAUCCUUCAUCCACACGCAGAAGCGCAAUCCUCAGACCCACAUGAGGGACCCGGACAUGGUGUGGGACUUCUUGAGUCUGAGACCCGAGAGUCUCCAUCAGGUCUCCUUUCUCUUCAGCGAUCGUGGUUUGCCAGACGGCUACCGCCACAUGAACGGCUACGGCUCACACACCUUCAAGCUGCUCAGUGCUGACGGAGAGCCAGUCUACUGCAAGUUCCACUACAAGACUGACCAGGGAAUCAAGAAUCUGGCUGUGGACGAGGCAGACCGCCUGGCUUCCACCAACCCCGACUACGCCAUUGCAGACCUCUUCAACGCCAUCGCUGACGGAAACUACCCAUCCUGGACCUUCUACAUCCAGGUCAUGACCUUUGAGCAGGCAGAGAAAUUCCGCUUCAACCCAUUUGACCUGACCAAGGUGUGGCCACAUAAAGAAUAUCCACUGAUCCCGGUGGGUAAAAUGGUUCUGAACAGGAACCCAGUCAACUACUUUGCAGAGGUGGAGCAGCUGGCCUUUGACCCCAGCAACAUGCCGUCGGGCAUUGAGGCCAGCCCUGAUAAGAUGCUGCAGGGUCGCCUCUUCGCCUACCCAGACACACAUCGGCACCGACUGGGGGCCAACUACCUGCAGAUCCCCGUCAACUGCCCAUUCAGGGCCCGGGUGGCCAACUACCAGCGGGACGGACCCAUGUGCAUGUUGGACAACCAAGCUGGAAACUGUGAUAUGCACGCUGUCAUCCAUCCUCCAGGUGGCGCUCCAAACUACUACCCCAACAGCUUCAGCGCGCCGGACACCCACCCCCGGUUUGUGGAGUCCAAGUUCAAGGUGUCUCCAGAUGUGGCGCGUUACAACAGCGAGGACGAAGAUAACGUGACUCAGGUCCGCACCUUCUACACUCAGGUGCUCAACGAGGAGGAACGGCAGAGACUCUGCCAGAACAUGGCGGGGGCCCUGAAGGGGGCGCAGCUCUUCAUCCAGAAGCGAAUGGUGGAGACCCUGAAAGCCGUGCAUGCGGACUAUGCAAACGGGGUCCAGAACCUUCUCAACAAGUACAAUGCAGAAGCCCAGAAGAAGAACAUUCACGUGUACAGCCGCCCGGGAGCAUCUGCCAUCGCUGCCUCAUCCAAGAUGUGAACGCCACUGCCAGGAUGCAUCUUCAACAGUGAUCGAUCCUUUGAAGCAUACCGUCCAAUAACGCUUUCAUUUCAUCUUUCUUCACGCUCAAAGCGAAGGAAUCCAUCCAUACUUUUUGUACUUUCACUGUCUACCGCCAUUGGCCUCAAUAAUAACCACUGAUAAGUCCUAAGUAUUGAUGACAGGUGGUAAAUAGCGAUGGGUUGAGUUUGCGUUUGAUCCUUUUUUUUGCCUGUGCCAAACAAAUAUUAGAUAUGACUGACUGUGCUUGGUGGAGGCAGAUAAGCAGCACACUCUGAAUGUUAUCACAUCAUUCUGACAAGAAAACCAUCAUCUCCACAAUCAAGUUGUCAUAUCUGAAGCAUCACUGGGCUUUAUUACAGGUUUAAAGUUGCAACAUAAAUAACUACAUGAUAGUCACUCAAAUAUGAUUGAAAAUGACCAAGAUGGGGUUUAUUUCAGUUGUACUGAUAAAGUCAUCUCACAAAGGCAUGGUGCUUACAACUAUGCACAUUUCCCCACCAAAUCAGAUGUUUUUACAUCAAGUAGAACAGUCCUAAUAAUAAUAUUUGUAUUUGUACUUUAUAUAUCCCACAGCGGGGAAAUUUACUUGUUACAGCAGCAAGCAAGAUACGCAAGUAAAGAGUACAGUGUAAAGAAUACAUAGUGACUACAACAUGGUUCAGGUGGUGCAGGUGUUGUAGAGCCUGAUAGCGGUCGGUAUGAAGGACCUGCGGAACCUCUCCUUCUUACACCGUGGGUGUAACAGUCUGCUGCUGAAGGAGCUGCCCAGGGAAACAACAGUAUCAUGUAGCGGGUGAGAGGUGUUGUCCAUGAUGGAUGUCAGCUUAGCCCUGUAAUAUGACAUGUUGUCACGCCAAUGAUGACCUUAUUUUGCCAGAAAACGUCCUUUCCUGCUGCAAUGUUUUCUUUUUGUUUUCUGUAAUGUAGUCACUAUGAUGUCAUGUAGAAGUUAAUUGAUUGAAAGUACAGGACUGCCUUGUGCUGAUAUAUGCUGUAUGAGAAGUGACUACGAUUGGUGUCAUUCAUUCACAAAUUCAAAUCCUACUACGCCUUCCAAUACUGCUACUACUACAGUACUUACAAUAUAUGUGCACUUACUUGUACAAGUAGUUUGCUCAUGAAAACUCGUUGAUUGGAACGCAUCUUGAGCCUUGUGAAUAAUAAAAAGCUUUUAUUUUGACUUGCACAAA